CCCGAUCAGCUGAUUGUUAUGUCAAAUUAUCGUAAAUAGAAACGAAAACUACGAUUAGGAAUUAAUUAAGCUUUUUAAACUGAGUAAAACAACACUUGCACAUAGCUGUGUUCAUUUCGUGACCUCGCUGAAGUUUCGCAUUCAUUUCAUAAUUAUUUCAAGGCCCGUUUGGAUCGCACAACGUAAAUUAACCUCAAAAUCAUGAAUGUAAGAAAUUUCAUAAUAAAUGGUGUAAUAAAACAGAGUUUUUUGAGACAAAUCCGUCUUUCAUCAUGUUGGUCUUGUGGCAAGGACGCUAAGAAUGUGGAGAACAGUUUAUUCUGCGGAAGUUGCAAUGCAUUACAGCAACCGGUCAAAGGUGACAAUUAUUUUAAAAUCAUGGGAGUCAGUGAAACCUACGACUUAGAUGAGGCGGAGUUAGCCAAGAAAUAUAAAGAACUACAGAGAUAUUUGCAUCCAGAUAAAUUUGCAAACAGACAAAAGGAAGAGCAAGAAAUCUCAGAAAAAUAUUCAUCUUUGGUGAACGAGGCAUACAAAACAUUAUUGGAACCAUUAAAUAGAGGCAUAUACAUGCUGCGUCUAAGAGGAAAAGAGAUCCCUGAAAACACAGAAGUAGACCAAACAUUCUUAAUGCAAAUAAUGGAGAAGAAUGAAGAAGUGGAGAAUGCGGAAACAGAAGAAGAAAUUAUGGCAUUAAAUGCAGAGAAUAAAAAACAAAUAAAGAGUUUGCAGAAACAAGUCUCCACAGCGUUUUUCGAUGGAGAUAUGAAAAGAGUUAUAAGAUUAUUAGGUGUAAUGAAAUAUUACACAAGUAUAGACAACCAAAUACAAUCUUCUAUUCGUAAUAAAGGGAUCAUACGGUAAAACAGUUUGACCAGUAUAUCGAGAAAUGUAAUGGUGGCGCCACUGUCUAUGGAGAAUAUCAAAAAUCCCAUACAUGAACUUUAGUUCCUAAUUUCGCCACCUGACAUGAUAUUGAAAUAUGGACCUUAGAUUUUUAAAAUAGAAUGUUUGUUUUUAAAAUAAUAGUUGUUAUGUUAUGAAA